AUGGCCACAGCCUUCGAUACUUUCACCCCGAUCGUCAUGAACUCUGAAAAGCCCAGUUUUCUAUCGCAACCUGUCGUGAAGAACAUAUUCGUGUAUCGGAAUGGAGAUCCGUUUUACGAGGCUCGCCGGUUAGUGGUAAACCAAAAGAGAGUGUCCAAUUUUGAUACUUUUCUUCGAGAUGUGACCGGGGGUGUGCAGGCUCCGUUUGGAGCGGUUCGGAACAUCUACACCCCUAGAAUGGGCCAUCGGGUGGCCUGCCUGGACCAUCUACAGAGCGGGGAACAAUAUGUCGCUGCCGGGAGAGAGAAAUUCAAGAAAUUGGAUUAUUCACAGAUAGGAUCCAGAAAGAAGAGGAUGCUCCUUACUUCUUCAGGGCAGCCGUAUCCACAGGCUAAACCGGUGCCCCAGAGUCGAAUCAUUGUAUCAGCAAGAUUCCUGAAACCCAUCAAAGAACCCUGUUCGAUUUUCGUGGUAGCGAAUGGUGAUGUGUUGACCCCAGCGUUAAGGCUGCUGAUACCCCAACGGAUACUGGGCCAAUACGACAGGGUUCUGGAGAUGAUCACUGACAAAAUGGGUUUGAGAAUCCUGGGGUGUGUACGAAGCCUUUACACCUUUGAUGGAAAUCAUGUGAACGAGGGAAAGGACUUGGAGACUGGGCAGUUUUACGUGGCUGUUGGGAGAGACAAGUUUAAAAGACUUCCCUACAGUGACCUUCUGUUCACCAAACCAAGGGGAAUACGAAGGACUACAGG